GCAACAUUUUACAGAUUCUUAUUUCAAGGAAACGAGAGAUACCUGCUAAUGCUCAAGUUCAGGCGCCUCUCCUACCUGCUGAUCGAGAAGUUCUUACAAAAAUCCGUCGGUAUAGAUUUGGAAUCAAGUAAAGAUGCCUAAGUCAUUCCUGUUGCGGCGCCAUCUGAGGCAGGAAUGGAACAGCAGAGAGGAUUAUUCCAUUGCAGGAUCUUUGCAAUUUGGUCUUUGGGAUCGAUCGGCUCCCAGAACAGGUUCUCUGGGCCUAUCUCUCCAAGAACAAAGUCCGUCCUUCAAAGAAGCAACAGACGUGAAUGCAAAUCGCUCGGAGAAGCAUACGAACAAUGAGCAAUACUUUGCUGAGUGUGUUUACACUAGCGAUUUGGCGCCAAGUCAAAAUCAGAAAGAGAGCAAGUUGAAGAUGGGCAAACAUAAAGAAUUAUCAAGAGCAGAAAAGGAGGAAUUUACCUGCGCAGUAACGAAAGAUAAAACACGAUUGGGAAAAGGUUCCAAAAGGUCUCAACACCGAGGGCUUGAAGAGCCAAGGAAUCUACGAGAAGGUUCUAAAAGAUUGCCUUCGUCGUUUCAAACAAGCCCAGUCAAACAACCCUAUAAGUGCGAUCAGUGCGGUAAAAUUUUUAAGACGAAGUAUACACUGACGAUCCACCUGAAGAUGCCAUCCCACACAGGCGCCAAGCCGUUUGUGUGCGCCAUAUGCGGCAAGGGAUUUCGAUUGUCAAGCACACUUUGCCGUCACAAAAUCAUUCACACUUCUGAGAAGCCCCACAAGUGCCACAUCUGCGACAAAGCCUUCAAUCGCUCAUCCACGCUCAAGACUCAUAUUCGCACUCACAGUGACUUAAAAGAAUUCGUAUGUGAUAUCUGCGGCAAAGGUUUUCAUCAAAAAGGCAACCUGCGUAACCAUGUUCUCAUCCACACAGGAGAGAAGCCGUAUCGCUGCAAUCUCUGCGAAAAAGCCUUCAAUAAGCUAUCCAAUUUGAAGUUCCAUAUGCAUGUUCAUACGGAUAACGCCCCAUACCGUUGCCGAUACUGCAAGAUCUGUUUCACAAGGCGAUGUGAUCUCAAACUUCACAUCUCCGAGUGCAACCCGCAGCGUUGAAGAGGAAAAAAAGCAAAAAAAUUCCACAUCGUUGGCAUUAGGUGACAGUUAAUCGCCAUUAACACGUAAAGCAAAUGGAUGGUUCGCUGAUCAAAUAUUUAUGGCGACGACGCCAGAAAUUUAGAUGAACUUGCCUUCUUAAAACAGAAGAGUAUCAAAAAAAUUAAAUAGAUGGUCCAAGAUCUGCCAAAAAUGUAAUCGCAGAUACGAGCCACUAUUUUGUGGCUUGUUGAAUAACUUGCCAGACAAGGGAAAGACAUAGAAAUUCAAUUCCCUAAGCAACUUUAAUGAGUUUGAUUUUAGUUACCACAACGGGAAAGCUAAAUGCCACAUUACUGAAAUAGCAUUUUCUUAUUUUCCUGAGAGCUAAUUCAUCGUUACAAGACAUCAAUGUUAAACGUAGUUGCAAAUUCUUGGAUUUAGAGCUCAGAAUGGCGUAAACGCUAGAGGUUCUUCUUGGAAAUUGAUUUUUUUGCUGACCAAAAUCAACGCACAAGUUGUUUAGUAAGGGUAUAUAAUUAUUAACAAAGCGACCGAAAAAGUAUUGGUCGAUACUUGUUAAACUAAGUAAACGAUAAGGACAAAAGUUUCGCACAUUCCUAGAAAGUGGUAUUCGUUGCAAACUUUUUUUCUUUGAGAUUUUGUCUCCAUGUAUUUCAGCUAUUUGAUUUCUAUUUAACACGUAGUUGAAAAGAACAUGUGAAUAUCCUAGAAAUGCCUUCUUGAGGUAGCACGUAGACUUAUAACUUAUUAACAAGUGUCAGUCUUACUCAUUAACAUAACUAGGCGACCGCAAAGACAGAUUUAUGUGGCGUUUAAGAAAAAAAAUUCAAAGAAAACUGCUUGCGAUCUGAAAUUAUAUUUAAUGCUGAUGAGCACGAGUGUCAUAAAAUAUUUUAAAAUUUUCCCCAGACAUUUAUUGAUAUUAACUGAGAACCAUAGUGACUACGAAGUUGAACUUUUGUUUUCGCAAACGAUCUUCACCUGAUGCCAAACAAAACUAGAAAAACAAAUAAAUCAGUUCUUAAGCACUGCGAAGAGAAAUCAAAAUAAAUCACUUGGAUGUUUUAUGAAAAAAAUGUUGGCUCGUCGAGACACUGGAGAAAAGAGGGAAAACAUUUAUCGAAGUGUUAUCGACCUACUGGCCCUUUUCUGAAUACUAUUUCUUUUUUCGUGUAUUAGACCUUGGCAGAUCAUUUACACUUUAUCCAUGACUUAACAAAAACACCUGAAACCAAUUUAACGUGGAAUUUAGCUCAACGCAAGAUGUAAUGUAUAUACUUUCCACAAAACCAAUUUGAAAAGAAAAAAAGGGUAUCAUAGCACAUAAUUUAAAACAGAGCUAAAACCACUUCUGGCAAGUCUUUACAGGGGAGCACUCUGUUUUUCUUAUGUUGUGUUUCUAUUUUAUGUAGGAGCUGUUCAAAACAGCGCAGGUUGUUUGUACGGUAUUGUUAAGGCAAUCACAAAGGAUUUGACUAUCAACAAUAACUAUUCCCAAGAGACUUCAUAUUGAACUGUAAGUGGUGAACUCAUUUGCUGUAAUUAACACGCGUGCCCGUCCAAAAGAAAUACUAAUUGAUGGACUGGCCAAGUGGAACCGGCGCGGGCCGCUUGCUGA